CGAAAGGGCAAAAACCAAAAAGAGAAUCAAAUUUUGCCUCUUCUAUAUAAAUCAAAUCAACGACGAAGCGUCGCUCUCGUUUUCUGUGUGUCUCUCUCUUUGUCCCACCAUUUUCACCGCUUCUCCUCCAAUCACUCAGAUCUACAGAUUCCUUUAAAACAACAAUGGUUGGAUCUUUGGAAUCUGAUCAAACUCUUUCAAUGGCCACCUUAAUCGAAAAACUCGACAUCUUAUCUGACGACUUCGAUCCAACCGCCGUAGUCACCGAACCGUUACCUCCUCCGGUAACUAAUGGAAUCGGAGCUGAUAAAGGAGGAGGAGGAGGAGAAAGAGAGAUGGUUCUCGGUAGGAAUAUACACACAACGUCACUCGCUGUAACGGAACCGGAGGUUAACGAUGAAUUCACCGGAGAUAAAGAAGCUUAUAUGGCUAGUGUUCUUGCUCGUUACCGGAAAACUUUGGUUGAACGAACCAAAAACCAUUUAGGUUAUCCUUAUAACUUGGAUUUCGACUAUGGUGCGCUUGGUCAGUUACAACAUUUUUCGAUUAAUAAUCUUGGAGAUCCGUUUAUUGAAAGUAACUAUGGUGUACACUCAAGACCUUUUGAAGUUGGUGUGUUGGAUUGGUUUGCUCGUCUUUGGGAGAUUGAGAGAGAUGAUUAUUGGGGUUACAUUACCAAUUGUGGUACUGAAGGCAACCUUCAUGGCAUUUUAGUCGGGAGGGAGAUGUUUCCGGAUGGGAUAUUGUAUGCGUCGCGUGAAUCGCAUUACUCGGUGUUUAAAGCUGCUCGAAUGUAUCGAAUGGAGUGUGAGAAGGUUGAUACGCUUAUGUCAGGGGAGAUUGAUUGUGAUGAUUUGAGGAAGAAGUUGUUGGCUAAUAAAGAUAAACCGGCGAUUCUUAAUGUUAACAUAGGAACGACGGUUAAAGGAGCUGUUGAUGAUCUUGACCUUGUUAUCAAAACUCUUGAAGAGUGUGGUUUCUCACAUGAUAGGUUCUAUAUUCAUUGUGAUGGAGCUUUGUUUGGACUUAUGAUGCCUUUUGUCAAACGUGCACCGAAAGUGACGUUUAAUAAACCGAUAGGGAGUGUGAGUGUAUCGGGCCACAAAUUUGUCGGGUGUCCAAUGCCAUGUGGUGUUCAGAUAACAAGAAUGGAACAUAUCAAAGUCCUCUCCAGUAACGUUGAGUACCUUGCUUCAAGGGAUGCAACAAUCAUGGGAAGUCGUAACGGGCAUGCUCCUUUGUUCCUCUGGUACACCUUAAACAGGAAAGGUUACAAAGGAUUCCAGAAAGAAGUUCAGAAAUGCUUGAGAAACGCGCAUUACCUCAAAGACCGACUUCGUGAAGCUGGGAUUAGCGCCAUGCUUAAUGAGCUUAGCAGCACUGUGGUCUUUGAACGGCCUAAAGAUGAAGAGUUUGUUAGAAGGUGGCAGCUUGCUUGCCAAGGUGAUAUAGCUCAUGUGGUGGUUAUGCCAAGUGUUACAAUCGAGAAGCUUGAUAAUUUCCUGAAAGACCUUGUCAAACACAGAUUGAUCUGGUACGAGGAUGGAUCUCAGCCUCCUUGCCUUGCAUCGGAGGUAGGAACCAACAACUGCAUCUGUCCAGCUCACAAGUGACGGCACCAUUUCUCAUUUGUUGGUAUUGUUGUUUUCUAGUAAGCCACAUCUAGUUUAAAUUCCUCAUCACUGUAUUCCUGAACUUGGUUUCAAUCAUCGUAAAAUUUUGUCAGUUUCUCUUAUUUACAAGUUAAGGUUUCAAACAGUGUUUACAAUUUGUAGCUCAAUCUGGAGCAUGAUCAACCUUCACUUCGUCGUUCGCAAUCGUUUACCGAGUUUUAGCAUUAUCGUAACAGCAAGUAUGUGCCUUAAGCCGCUGAUUUAGCUGCGUGUUUGAUGAUCGGUGCUUAAUGCCUAGGAAAAG